GUUUUUUGUAUUGACUUGGCGAAAAAUCUCGCCGUCAUGGGGGUUAUUUCCGCCGUAACGGGUCGUCUGAAGGUGGGAACGUCCCAAAUUGAAUCAAAAUAUUGAUUCUAUGCCCAUAUAUGGUCAAAGCUCCGCCCACUAGAAUCAAUAUUUUGAUGCCUCCAUAUUUUGAUUCACGCCGCCUAGUUUGCCCAACUGAGAAACGACAGAAACUGCAGAGCGCGAGAGCGGGCCCGUGCCAGUGCGCGAUCUGUCAUCAAAACCUGUCGCUGUGAAAGUGGGAGGCGUGGCUUACUUUGUUUAUACAGUGGCAGGGUUAACCAGACAAUGGUAUAACGAAACGCGAAGAUGGCAUUUUUUAAGAAUUUGAAGAAUCUUUUUACUGGUGGCAGCGAGAGUGCCUCUAAGAAGCGGCGCGUGCUGCACAAUGUGAAGGUCGGGAUCGACCCGGAGGCCGUCUGGGAGCUCCAGGGCGAGCUCGGAGAUGGCGCCUUCGGGAAGGUCUAUAAGGCGGUGCACCGUCAGUCGUUCCAAGUGGGCGCCGCCAAGGUGUGCGAAAUGGCAGAGGACGACGAGCUCGACAACUUCAUGGUCGAGAUCGACAUCCUUACAGAGAUGGACCACAAACACGUGGUCAGACUGCUGGACGCCUACCUGCAGAGAAAGCAGCUCUGGAUGCUGCUGGAGUUUUGUGACGGCGGUGCCGUCGACUCGAUCAUGGUCGAGCUGGACCGCGGACUGAAGGAGCCCCAGAUCGCCUACAUCACCCGUGGCAUGGUGGAGGGCCUCGAGUACCUGCACCAGCACAAGGUGGUCCACAGGGACAUCAAGGCCGGAAACGUGCUGCUCACCAUGGACGGAGGCGUCAAACUCACCGAUUUUGGCGUGUCUGCCAAGAACAAGCACACGCUUCAGAAACACACGACGUUCAUCGGCACGCCGUUCUGGAUGGCUCCCGAGGUGAUCAUCUGUGAGACCUCGCUCAGCGACCCGUACGACCGGCUGGCAGACAUCUGGUCACUGGGCAUCACCAUGAUCGAGUUUGCGCAAAAGGAGCCGCCGUACAACGAGCUGAACCCGGUGCGGGCGAUGCUGCGGAUACAAAAGUACGACCCUCCGACCCUGGACCGGCCGAGCCAGUGGAGCCGAGAGUUCAACGCCUUCAUCGCCGCCUGCCUGAAAAAGGACGCCAGCAAGCGGGCCGAGGCUAGCGAGCUGCUCCAGCUACCGUUCAUUAACCGCACCCUGGACAACAAGCCGAUCCGCGAGCUGCUGCUCGAGUACAAGGCGGACGUGGUCGAGGGUAUCGAGGACGCCACCGACGAGGACACGCGGGCCUCCCGACUCAGCCUGGACUCUGGCCUGCCGCCGACCGACGAAGGCGACGAAGAGGCCGAGCCCGCCGACGCCGACGCCACCGAGCCGCCGCCGGCAUCGCCCAAAAAGAAGCCGGCGCCGAAGCCGCCAGCCGUGGCCGAGCCGUCCAAGUCACCAGAGAAAAAGAAGCCGGCGCCGCCCCCGCCGGCCGCGGCUGCCGAGGCCGCUCCCGCUGCCGCAGCCGAGGAGAAGACGCCGGUACCGGCGGCGGCCAAAGAGCCGUCCAAAGAGCCAGCCAAAAAGUCCGCCCCUGCCCCAGCACCAGCAGCCGCCCCCGCCCAGGAGGCGGCACCAGUCAAACAACCAUCACCAAGCCCGGCUCCUGGUGCGGCACCAACACCGACACCAGUCAAAGAACCAACACCACCUCCAGCGGCGCCGAAAGAAGCAGCACCAGCCCCAGCACCGACCAAGGAGUCGACACCUCUCCCAGCAGCAGCAACCAAGGAGCCGACACCCCCACCAGCAGCCAAAGAACCAACACCACCCCCAGCGUCAACCAACGAACCAACACCACCCCCAGCACCAACCAAAGAACCAACACCAGGUCCGACGGCAGGAAAAGAAUCGUCACCAGCGCCAGUCAAGGAGUUGGCGCCAGAUUCGACUCCAGUCGCGACGUCGGCGAAGGAAACACCUCCCGCAGCAGCUGCUGCCACGACGCCCUCGGGGACGUUAGCCGCAGCAGCGACCACGGCGGCGGCAGGAGGAGCGACAGCAGCAGCAUCAGUAGCGGCAGCGGCGGCGGCCGUCCAGGACCCAGUUUCCUCAGAGGCAGCGUCUUCCGAAGCGUUAGCGGGUGAUGCUCUACCGUCACCAACCACUGCUGCUGCUGCUGUCCCGUCCGAGGCCCCGUCUUCUGCCGACGCCCCUGCUUCUCCUUCUGCUCCGGCAGCCGCAGGAGACCAGGCCAAAGUUCAGCCAGAAGCGACAGCGCCGGUCUCACAGCCCGCCGCACCGCCGGCAGUGGCGGCGCCACCUGCGGAGCAGUCCACACCGGCUGAGGAGGCCGUUUCCGCGCCGGUGUCAUCACCAGUGGAGCCCCAGCCGCCAGCGCCGGCCGAGACGGUGGCGGCGCCUGUCCCGGCUGCCCCCGCCGCGUCUCCGUCUCCACCUGCCGAGCAGGCGCCGCCGACGGGCCCGGCCGAGGCGGCCGAGGCUCCGGCGGCGACGGCUGUAGGGGAACCCGCUGAGCCGGCGACCGCCACAGAUCUGCCCGCGCCGCCGACUGCCGGGGAGCCGGAGGGGACGGCGAUGGAUACGGAGCCGGAGCCGGAGCCGGAGCGGGAGCCGGAGCCGGCUGCUCCGAUGGAGGUGGACGACCAGCCGGCGGACCAGGGAGCGGUCGAGACGCCCAGCGUCGGUCUGGCGGCGGGUGACGGCGCCGCGCGCGUCAUCGUGUCGGCUGACGACGCUGAGUCGGGCGGCACGGUCACCACGCUGAUCCAGAGCAGCGGUGACGGUGCGCGCAUACAGGUGGUAGACGACUGGCCGCAGCCGGCGGAGGGCGCGGCCCCUCCGCAGCAAGACGAGGAGGCGCUCUCCCCGCCGCCGUCACCGGUAGCCGGCGACGAGGACGAGAGUGACGCCGAGCUGAGCGCCCACCAGAUCAUGGACUCGCUGAUCGGCGAGGUGGUGCGGCUGCAGCACGAGGAGGCCGAGCGCGAGUUGGAGCGCGCCGCCGCCGCCGCGCUCGACCAGUCGCUGGAGGAGGCGCUCAUCUCGCUCGGCUCCGAGGCGUCCUCGGCCGACGACGAGGCCGUCUGGUCGGAGCUGCCGCCGGAGCGCGGCGCCGGAGACACCGCUCCGCCCGCCGCCGACACCGGCGACACAGCCGUCUCGGUGGACGAGCCCGGCUCGGGCGGCGGCGCGGGUGACGGCCCGGCACCGGCCGAGGGGGAUGCGGUGGACAGCGCCGCGGCCGGCCGCCGGCUGGACGACAGCGAGGUACUGAUCGACGGCUGCAGUAUCGUGCAGAGCGGCCCACAGGAGCCGGCGGACGGCGCGGCGGCCGCCGGUCGGCUGGAGCUCACUCUACAGGAGGCCACGGAGCAGGAGCUGCCCGACCAGGAGCAGGAGACGACCGAGCCGCACGUGUCGGUGGUGCAGGUGGAGCCUGCCGACGGUCACACCGCUGCCGGCGCGGACGGCACCUCACCGACGUCCCUGCUGGUGGCCGGCACCACGGUCGGCUCUUCGGACGUGGACCAGUUGGACGACGAGGAGGAAGACGAGGCGGAAGACGAUGACGACGAUACCGUCUUCUCGCCGCAGCACAACUCCACGGCUCGGCCGGUGUCUCGCGGCAGCAGCGAGGACAGCGGCGAGGAGCGCACCGGCUCCGACUCUGCUGGCAGCCAGAAGGAGAACAUGCCUCCGCCGGCCGCGCCGCCGCCGCCGGCCGCCUCCAAACAGAACCAGAAGCAGCCGCCGCCGGCCGAGCAGGAGGUAGAGGACGAUGACGAGGUGGUGCUCAGGAAGAAACGACCCGCCCCGCCGCCCGCUCAGGACACAUCGGGCGUAUCGCGCUCUUCAACCAUGAGCCGAACCAAGGAGGAACAGGCCAUCUCCAACCUGCGCAAGAAGACGCGGAAGCGCACGCGCCGCUUCGAGAUCGACGGCGUCAUCGUCACCACCACCACCCACAAGGUGUUCUACGGCGACGACGACUCGGCCUUCGUCGACGAGCACGUCUUCAGGAAACAGGAGCUGCGCGACCUCAAGAUGCUGCAGAAACAGGAGCAGAAACAGUUCCGCGAGCUUAACGCCAAGUCGCAGCUGGGCCGCGACAACCAGCAGCGCAAGUUCGAGUCAGAGAUGGCGCAGCUGGUGCGCCAGUACGACAGUGACCUGGACAGUCUGCAGCGGCAGCAGAAGUCGCAGGUGGAGCGCGCAGAGCUGCAGCAGGAGAGCGACCUGCGCUCUGCCAGCAAAAAGAUCCGCGCCGAACAGGAGCGCGAGCUGAAGACGUUCCGCGACACGCUGAAGCAGGAGGUGCGCCUGCUGAAGCAGGAGACGGACAUGCUACCGCGCGACCGGCGCAAGGAGGCGUUCCGCACGCGCCGCGAGCGGCUGGACGCCGAGCACCAGUCCAAGGAGCGCGACUUCAUCGAACGGUUGAACGAGUCGCACGAGUCUUCCCUGCAGCGGCUGGCCGAGCAGCACCGCGAGAAGAUCGCCCUCAUGGAGAAACAGUUCCUCCAGCAGAAACAGCAGCUGCUGCGCGCCAAGGAGUCGGCCGUGUGGGAGCUGGAGGAGCGGCAGAUCCACGAGAAACACCAGAUGAGCAAACACCAGGUCAAGGAGGUGUUCUUCCUGCAGCGACAUCAGAUGCUGCUGCGACACGACAAGGAACUGGAGCACGUGCGCCGCAUGAACGCGCGCCGCACCGACGACCUGGUGCGGCAGCAGCAGGUCGAGCGGCGCGCGCUGCCCAAACGCAUCCGCGCCGAGCGCAAAACGCGCGAGCUCAUGUUCCGCGAGAGCAUGCGCAUCAGCCAGGCGCUGCCGCACCGCGCCAGCGUCUCGGAGACCGAGGGCGACGACCGCGACCGGCUCAAAAAGUUCCUCGAACAGGAGCGGAAACGGUACAAGGCUGAGGAGCAGCGGUUUGACCUCAAACACAAACGGAAGCUGGAGGAGCUCAAAGCCAAGGGUGACGCCACCAUCAAGGAACUGGAGCAGCUGCACAACGAGAAACGUCGUAUGCUGAUGGAGCACGAGUCCAUCAAGCUGAAGUCGCUCGAGGAACAAUACCAGGCCGAGCUCAGGGAGUGGAAGCACUCGCUCAAACCGCGCAAACAGAAACUGGAGGACGACUUUGCGGCGGAGCUGGAGGAGCAGGCGCAGUUUUACACGGGCUCGGUGGGCGCCGGCGGCUACACAGCGCCGCUGACGGACCGCAGCAGCAGCCUGAGCCGGGCCAGCACCGCCAGCUACUGGUCCCAGUGAGACGAGGGCACCGCCCGCAGUGAUCUGACCGAGUGAUGAGCGCCGCCGCCGUCCGCGACACAGAGUAUUUUUGGACCGCGCCGCCGCCGCCCGGCUGGCUGCGUGUGUAUGUGAUGAACUGCCGGUCUGCCCCGCGCCGAUCUGUUUUAUAGGUGACCGUCGACAAUACGUCUGUCGAUCUGACUGGGUGGAGUUUUAUUUUUCUGACGGCGCGCCGCCCGUUCCACCUGUUGACUGUGUAUCAUAUGCGUUGUAUUCAGGGGGGGGGGAGGGAGAGAUAGGACCGUGCUCUGACCAAGGUGUGUGUGCGUGGUGAGUGAGAGGGCCGCCCGCCUCUAUUUAAUGACGUCCUCGUGCUAUCUCUGCGCGCGGUGUACGGGUGAGUCGGGCAUCUGUGAUCGCCCGCGGUCGGCGCUGGCCCACAUUCCGGGUGCUGCGCGCCGUCCGCCGCCGUCCAGUGUUCACCGGGAACCUGCCUUACUGGCCCGCUCUCACCACCGCCUUCUCACACAGAGUAUCGAUAACACGCGGGACCCGGCGCCGCCAAUGGCAGCCGCCGCGGCAUCCCUAGAGUUCCAGGCUUUAUACUCGUAUAUAUUUUCGUGUCACAAACACGGUGGUAGUCCAUCUGCCGCGUAGGAUCAGACGGUUUCCAUGUGCUGUUCUGUACCUGGUACGUACCAUGUUAUUGCGACUCGUCAAUAAAACGGUUACAUACAUUUAUAUUAACGCG